GUUGCCCGUGAAUUGAACAUACCAGAAUACAAAUUAAACGUUAAUGGAGGCUCUCUUGCUCUGGGGCACCCUUUAGGGUGCUCUGGUGCUCGAAUUUUGGUCACCCUAUUUCAUGCUUUGAUUGAACUCCGAUGGCCAUCACCAUCUUCAAAAGCCAAUACCUCUUCAACUCAAAAUAAUGAAACUGUCAUGAUUUCUUCUGAAGAUGAACCGAGACGAUCUCUAAAAGGAAUAGCUGCACUCUGUGUUGGUGGUGGGAUGGGAAUUGCACUGGCAAUCGAGACUUGCUAG